AUGAUAACAUGCAAAAGGAAAACUGUAAUAUUGGUUAUCAUCAUCACUUCAUUGCUUUUCAUCACGCCAACAACGAUCUCACUAAGUAGUAAUAGAAGAGGAAGAAGAUCAAGAUCAAGAUCAAGAUCAAGCAGAUCAAGAUCAUCAUCAUCAUGCGAUCCACUCUAUCAAUUCCUCUUUGAACAUUGCAGUCAAUGGCCUUUCACACGUUCUUCUUCUAAUAAUCCUUUCAGAACACCCUCUCCCGGCCGCUCUCCCGGCCGCCGCCUACCACCGCCGCCGCUCGUCCCGUCGCCUCCUCCAAUAAGAGUCCUACCACCUCCUCCCCCAAUAAGAAUCCUACCACCUCCUCCCCUCGUAUCGUCACCUCCACCUCCACUCAUCUCCGUUUCACCGCCUAUAGUACCUUCACCACCGCCACCUAAGCCGACACCAGUUACCCCUUCCUCACCACCGCCUAAACCUCCACCGUUGGUCCUUUCUCCGCCACCAGCGCCCCUUGUUGCAUCACCUCCGCCGGAAAUAGAUACACCGACAUCUCAACCUCCACCCGAUAUGUCAUUCUUAUUCCCGCCGCCACUAGUCUCGUCACCGCCACCAUCUCUUGACAUGCCAUGGCUAUCACCGCCAAUAGAUGAACCAUUACCAUUGGUUCCUUCUCCUCCGUUAAUUGAUUCACCAGAACUACCUCCAUUCACGUUUCCACCUACUCCUGACACGCCCGACUUAUUUCUUCCACCGCCUCUUCCAGAUCUGUUCCUUCCUCCUCCGGUGGUUCCAGAAAUUCCAGAUACAUCACCGCUUCCCGGCCUGCCAGAUCUGUUCAUUCCUCCUCCGGUGGAUCAAGGAAUUCCAGAUGUUCCUAUACUACCAUUUCCAUCUGCUCCGCCGGCAACAGAUGGAGGCUUCAACCUUCCGCCGGCAUUUGAGCUCCCGCCUGAUUACGGUUUUACUCCUCCUUAA